CUCUUCAUUCAUAUUUUAUAAAACACCAAUUCAAAAAAUCGUAUCAGCACCUAUGGCUGUGAAAGAUAAGGCUGUGAAAGGAGGUAAUGUGAAAGUGAAUCAUGGAGUUAAGGAAGUUCACUACAGAGGUGUAAGGAAGAGGCCAUGGGGUCGUUACGCUGCGGAGAUUCGUGACCCGGGUAAGAAGAGUCGGGUCUGGCUGGGUACUUUUGAUACGGCGGAGGAAGCGGCUAAGGCUUACGAUGCCGCUGCCAGAGAGUUUCGUGGACCUAAAGCGAAGACGAAUUUCCCCUUUCCGGCGGAGAUGAAUAAUGUUGGUAACAAUAACAGUCAGAGCCCGUGUGGGAGCAGUACCGUGGAGUCAUCCAGCGGAGAAACGGUUGUUCACGCGCCUAAUACGCGACACGCGCCGCUGGAGCUGGAUCUCACGCGCCGUCUCGGUGCCGCUGCUGAAGGUGGACGUGGAGGUGUCGGCUACCCGAUCUUACACCAGCAGCCGACGGUGGCGGUUCUGCCGAACGGUCAGCCGGUUUUGUUGUUUGAUUCUAUGUGGAGACCGGGAGUUGUUAGUAGGCCGUAUCAGGUUGUACCGGCGACGAUGGAGUUUGCCGGUGUCGGUGCCGGAGUUGUUACUAGUGUGUCGGAUUCGUCUUCCGUUGUGGAAGAGAAACAUUAUGGGAAAAAGGGACUUGAUCUUGAUCUUAACCUUGCGCCACCUAUGGAAGUUUAAAUUAAUGACGACGAUAAUCUAAUUUUGUGAGAGAGAUUAAGAGAGUGACAGAGCUAAUGGCUGAUUUUUGUAUAUAAGUUCAAAAGAAUUGAUUGCUUUUUUUUUUUGGCAGCUGAAACUUUCUCGUGCUGUUUCUACCAUUUGUAACUCUAAAUCCUUUUAAUUAAUGAGAAAAUUCCAUAUUUUCUCCUUUCUAUUUUUCA